AUGAGUGCUGGUAAGACAAAAUCCGACCAAAAUAUAACUGAAUUAAGACAAAGCGGACCCACCAUAUCCAAAGUCUCCGGAUCUCGACGGUCUUCCGCAACCAUUUCCCCCCAAUAUCCUGAUACGGUAGUUGUGGAACAGCCUUGUCCGAUAAUCACCGAUUCACAUUUUGUUCCCGGACCAGAUCCAGUGAAUACCGUGUGUCCAUACUGUCAUAAAGAUGUUACAACUCUUGUGACCUACAAAAUAGGAAUAUUAACAUGGGCGGGAUGUUUUGGGAUUUUUAUAAUUGGGUCCAUCUAUUUUAAUAUAAAAUAAAAAGCUGUUUUGCUGCAUAGAAUAUGUUCUACUGAAAUCCUACACAGUUUAUAUAGCAUAAGUGAGUUUAUAUAACUAUUCCAAAAAAACUAAUAAUUCAACUAGCAUUUAAACGUAUUCUAUAUUUGUGCAAUUGAUAUCCAAAGAUCAUCUGAAAAAUAAAUGAUUAUGACAAUUUCAAUACAAAACCAACCUUACCUUAUAAAAUAAUAGAACUUUAAACUAUGAAUCAGUAAAAUUAUUUCUUUAUCAUAUUUCACAGUAAAUUAAAG